UGAACCUCUGCAGGAGGACACGUGUCUGUCUGUGCGUACACAGCGCUUUUCUUUUGAAAUACUUGACCGGAAGUAGUUGUUUUUCAUCAGGGGCUGCGGUCAGAUAAGUUAGAUUUAGUUUAUACAGCUGUGUGGAGUAAUUUCACAUCGGCGUUUCAGUCAUUUUGUUAUUUUGCAUUAAACUACUGGGCUUAUUCAAGAUAACAUUCGUGUCGUUUAGCCCGGUCGGUCAGUUAACUCUGUAACGUUUCCGUUAGCUCUGUUGACACGACAGAAAAGAGACUGGCUAACUUAGCUCCGAAGUUAACGUUAGCAGCGUCGAUCAAACAACGCUCUACCCAGUUAGCUAAGGCCAGCUGCUCAACACGUAGGCCAACAUCCUCUGAUUAAAGACUGACAUUUAAUUUAGUUUUUGUCUUUCUAUGAGAUUAUUUAGUUAGCGUUUUGGUGAGCUCGCUCGCUGUUUUACCAGGAUAAAUGUUAGCAACGUGCGACUGAGGCUAGCUGAGCUAAGUUACCGUUCAGAGGAAAAAAAUUACUGCGUCGUGGUUAAAACUGGCUCAGAAUUUGCUUUUCAGAGUUGACCGUUAUGAUGAAGUAGCAGGCGGAUAAUAAGGCUGCUAUGGUGAUCGCGGGACCGCUGCACCUGCCAAGUUGAACGAGUGACAGCGAGACACCCGAUUCAGCAUGAAGGCCCUCGGAUCCAGAUUCUCCUUUUAUGCGGGUUUUGUGGUGGGAACCUUCACACUCUACGUGUUUCUACGGCAAGUGUGGUUUGAGAGGACUAUGUCAGCUCAGCAGCCCAGCAGCGUGACUAAAUUUCAUGACCACAGUGAGGAAGAGGGGGAGAUAUGGAAGAAGGAGAGAUCUGCUCUUUUCAACCUGAAACACCCUCAUCAUACAGGUGAGGAUAGCCGCAUGGCUGAUGAACUAUACAAAAAGGUACGCAUUCUCUGCUGGGUGAUGACUGGACCCAACAACCUGGAGAAGAAGGCUCGGCAUGUGAAGUCCACUUGGAGCCGUCACUGCAACGUUGUGGUCUUCAUGAGCUCUGUAGAUGACCCCGACUUCCCCACUGUGGGAUUAGGCACAAAGGAAGGUCGGGAUCAGCUGUACUGGAAAACGAUCCGGGCUUUCCAUUAUGCCUACGAGCAUCAUGGCCACGAGGCGGAUUGGUUCCUCAAGGCGGAUGACGACACCUACGUAAUUGUAGACAACCUGCGGUGGGUUCUCGCGAACCACACGCCGGAGGAGCCGAUUUACUUUGGCCGCAGAUUCAAGCCCUACACCAAGCAGGGCUAUAUGAGCGGCGGAGCGGGUUACGUGCUGAGCAAAGAGGCUCUGCGGCGAUUUGUAGAGGGUUUUAAAAACAAACAGUGCACUCACACUACCUCUGUGGAGGACCUAGCAAUGGGGCAGUGCAUGGAGAAAGUCGGGGUGCUGGCAGGAGACUCCAGAGACACUGCACACAGGGAGACAUUUCACCCCUUUGUCCCUGAGCAGCACCUCACUGCCAAGUUCCCCAAGAGCUUCUGGUAUUGGAGCUACUGCUACUACCCCAUCUCAGAGGGCCCAAACUGCUGCUCAGACGUGUCGGUGUCCUUCCACUAUGUAGACGCUUUACAUAUGUAUUUAUUGGAGUACUACACCUAUCACCUGCGUGCCUUUGGAUACAGAUAUCGUUACCAGCCCCCCGGCCCACAAGGCUACAGUAUUGAGAAGUCAGGUUCCUCUGAAGUUUCAGAAGGACAAAGAGAACUGGUUUCUCAGGUGAAAGGACGAAAAGAGGGCGGUGAUGUGUCCAGAACUGACGAGAGACAGGAUGCAGAUCCCCCUCCUGCAGCUGGUAAAGACCCUCCUGCUGCACCGGUGAACAAAUAACAGUGGGACUGUGUGGAACAGUCUGAAGGGAUCAGUGAUUAGGAAGAGGGGGGAUGUGUGUUUUUAAUGUUUGCUUAUUUGAGAUCAUUUCUGAUCAUUUCUACAAAAGUAGAGAAGACAGUCCACUUUUAUCUUAAGUUUCUCCACAUCAAGUGCAUGGCCUGAGGAUUCUCAAGCUGAAGGACUGCUAUGUAAACUGUGACUGCAAGACUGGUCUAAGAGGUGAUUUAUGAUUUUUACUUCUGAUUUUCAGUUUUGUUUGAUGGUUUUUACAACUGAGUGUUUUCUUUAAAAGUUGAGAACAGCUGUCUGUAGGCUGUAUUCAUUUGAAAAUGAACUAAAGUACCUUUUUAAUUCAUAUCAACCAAUAAGUAUUUUCCAGAGCCAGUUCAAUUAGAUAUAGUGUUUUGUUUUCUCUUUUGUCAAUUGCUGCAAGAGUACCAAAACUUGAUCUACCACUCUUUACAUCCUUGUUUUCGUUUCACACAUAGACAACCAUGUGCCUGUUGAUGAGCGUGAAAGAUACCAAGAUGCACUUCCUCUUCUCAGAUUCAAAUCUGAAGGGGCCACAAGUCCAUGAGGUGCAGGGCUACUUCAGCGAUUUUCUAAUAAUUAUACUAGAUCAUAUUAAAUAGAAGUGCCUCACCCUGUGCAUUCAGUCAAACACACACUGUAUAUAAAGGACAUAUUAAUAUUUAUUAAUAUUUGUUCUGAGAAUGAUGUGGUGUAUCGGUUUCUUUGUUAGUUUGUUGGCUCCCAAAUUCCAUUCAGGCUUUAUCCAGAAGUUAAUAUGCUGCAGUGGCAUUAUUAUUAUAUAUUAUUAUUAUAUUUUAUUGAUAUUUAACUCUAUGAUGGUUAAGAAAGUCUCAGUCAUUUUUAAAGUUUUUAUUGCAGUUUUAUUUUAUCUUAUUUAAACAAAUGGGGUUACAACUAUAGAUUUUUUCUUUUUUUUUUUUUACUAUUGAAUUUACAGAUCGUUUACUUGAUUAACUGAUCAUUUGUUUGCUCUAUAAAAUGUCAGAAAAUACUGAAAAAUACCUGUUGUCCUGACAAACUGUCAAAAAAAACAAAAAGGAUCAACUUACUAUCAGAAGUAGUAGAACAAAAAAAAAAAAGACUUGACCAGUUAAUUACAAUUACUGAAACAAUUGUACCUACAUUUUCUGCUGAGUGACUUAUUGAUUAACAGUAGUUUCAGUUCUAUGAAUGACAUUAUUAACAUGCAGGUAGUUUCCUCUAAGUAAGAAAAAAGUAAAGCAAAAGUAUUUUAUCCUCUAGAUGACUGAAAAACUCUGAUCAACAUUCAGCUCAAUAAAUGUGUUGCGUUGUUGGCCAUGAUCUUUCAGCCUUAAUCAAUGUUAAAUAGAACUAGUCAAAUAGACCAAUUCUAUUCUUCCAGUAACACUGCAUUUAAAAACUCAACCUAAAAUACAAAAACAUGAAGUUAUGUUCAUUGUUAGGAUAUGUCCAUACUUUCUCUAUGUCUAAUAGAGAGCCAUUGAUGUGGCCACGAUGCUUUAAAUGAAAAAUCCAGAUGAAAUUAAAAUUCAUUUGAUCCAGCCAAAGAUUCUCCAGUGCGAUGAGAUCAGAUUACAACAGACGAGCCUUUAUUCCAGAGCUUAUCUUGAAAACUCUGCAGUGAAUGUUAGUGCUUAGUUUUAACAAAUGGUGUGUGUUCAAUUUAUCACAAGCUGACAUUUGAUCUGGGAUCCAGUCCUGUUGGUUUGACACACCUUCAGCCGGAGGAGGAAGUAGUCCGUCACACACCAUUCUUUCCCUGAAAUGAAACUCUGAACACACCUGGCACAUGGUUUUCUAUUUGUUCUUCAUGUAACUGGCCCUGGACAAACACACACUUCACAGAUCCCCUGAAUCUGCUCCCUCAGUGGACUCAUUAGCUUGUGCCUUCUAAAUUGAGAUUGUAUGAGCCAACAGCUGCACACGUGUCUUUGCACUGUGACGUUACCGUGAUGAGAGUGACGCUUUUGGAAGGAGUUUCAUUUAGUUGAAUCCUUCCAGUGUAGUGAGUAUGGCCUUUGCGCAAGUCAGUGGAUGACUUACUCUUGACAGCUUUUUUUGGAAUAAGCAAGAUUUUUUUUUCUUUUACACAAUUGUAGUUUCAGCAAUGCUGGGUAUUUUCUAAAUCCUGGGUGGGCCAGACCUUUUCUUUUGUAGUAAUUACAUUGCAUAUAUUUAAAAUCAUUCAGUUUUACUACUUAGUAACCAAACAAAUAAUUAAUUUUAUGGGAGAUACAGUAACUACCAAAUACAGAAAAUGGCUUCAGGAAUUGGGCAGGAUUCUGUGAGGAUUCAAACAGAACAAAUUUGUCAUUUAUGUGAAAAUUGAAUGCACUUUUGAGUGUUAUAAUUGGUGUUUAUCUUUUUAACCACUUAAACCUUUUAUUCUCCUCCAAGUUGUUUGAAGUAACUAAUGCCUAUCAAAAUGCCUUUUUCGAAGUGUUUAUACUCAGUUUCCUUCUGUACACGAGCACAGAGCAUGCUCCAUUUUGUGUUUUGUAUUUAAAAUGGAAAAGUCCUGUUUAAACCAAAUCAGCAUGUUUUAAAGAACAAGUUUCUUUUGAAAUUAAUGCACAUGUUUGUUUUCAACUGAAUUGACAGUCUUGGGACAUUUCAGUAGCAAAGGAUUUGAGUAUUAUUAUCAUGUUAAUGUCAGUGGAUCACAUUUCUGCCGGCCCAAACACCCAGUCAGUAACAGCCAUGUCUGAUUUCUGGUGGCAGUGAUACAACACAUCCAGUCCUCGACAAUCUUCUCCAACAUUCAAAUUUUAUUAAAGGGAAAAGGUGUACAGUACUGUAUUUAUAUUGGAAAUAUAUUUAUGUUGGUAUUGAUGUCUGAAUUGAGUCGGUUCUCUUGUGUGAGUGAGUGAGCACAUGUGAUCAGUGUGUGCCGGGUUGUUUUCUGUGAACAGUACUUUAAUCACUAUAAAUAAAUACAUAUUUUAUUGUA